GAGCAGCUGCUGCGCCUGAUCGACCAGUUCACCCGGAAGGAGGGCAAGUUCGCCAUCGAGGGCUUCCCGGACAAGCUCGGGCUGCUGCUCGACGGCCCGCCAGGCACCGGCAAGACGUCCCUGAUCAAGGCGUUGGCGCACCACCUGAACCGGCACGUCGUGUCCGUGAACCUCGCGAGGAUCAAGACGAACCAGGAGCUGAUGGACCUCCUUUUCGACUUGGUGUUUCCCGUCCAGGGCGGCGACUUCCCGAUCAAGAUGAAGUUCUCCGACCUGAUAUUCGUGAUGGAAGAUGUGGACGCCGCCAGCAAGGUCGUGUACGCCCGCAAAGGCUCGAAGGCCGCCGCGAAGGCAAAGGCCGCCAAGGCCAAGGCGAAGGCGAGCGGCGCCAGCGCCGAGGCGGCCGCCUCGGCGCCUCCCGCCGCCGACGCGUCGCCAGAGGCCGAGCGUGGAGACGCCACCCGAUCUGCGCCACCUCCCAUGCCGACGCUGCUGCGCAUGGUGAGCGGCAACCUCGGGGCGAAGGGCAGCGAGGCCGAGGGCACGGCCGCCGCCAAGGAGACGACGGACGAGUCGGAGGAGGACGAGGGCGCGGAGGACGACGAGCAGAGCUCCAGGGCCGAGGCGAAAAAG